AUGAGAAGGCCACCUUUCAAUCUCAUUGGUUUGCUUCUCAAUACGUUUUCUCAACUUCUACCUUGCUCAGCAUCUCCUAGCUCCCAAGGAAUUGAAUACGUCUAUGAUAUAAAAAAUAACUAUGUUUGCGAUAACUUUUUCUUCGGCAGCGACAGAGUGAGGAGGAGUUAUAUCACAGGUUGUAAUGAGCUAUGGAACGAUAAUUUGGCAAGGCAGUUUCCAGCCAGAUUGGAAGAUAAAAAUUUCGUUGGCAGAAUACAAAGAACUCUAUUUUCAUGGCCAUUAAAGAAUUCUGUGGAUAGUUCAGACAUAAGGUCCGUAGGAGACUAUCGAACUGUAUUCGAUAUAUACUGUAGAUUUUAUGGCGUCAUAAUUCGUGGAAAGACUAGCCAUAGUUCUUGCAUUGAGUUAUCAGACAGUAUCGACACCAAUGUGAUAAGUCCUGGCUCAAACAUAUAUAGGGGCUACAAAUGUCAAACCAUGAUGUUCCGAGAAACUUAUGUUCAAGCAUCUCUCAAACAAGCAAAGAAGACAAAAUUAAAAAGGAGUCGACUCAAGAAAUAUCCUGUCAAGGUUUCACGGCCAGGUGAAGAUGGGGAUGCGUACGAAUGGCCUCUUUUUCCAAAUAAUAUUAUAUAUAAAUCUUACGGUAUUUUGAACCGACAUCUUAAGUACUUUGCUUCAUAUUCAGAUGUGGGUCAUGAUGUACAGGUCUAUGAAAAAUCCAAAUAUGCCAAGAGAGAAUGUCCAUUGAUGACAAAGACAAUUGUGUCUGGUACUCGCCAUUCCAAUUCCAUCAGCCCCCACGAACGUGUUGUCCAUGAUGAGAAGAAAAGCUAUGACUGUAGUGGUCAGAUAUUCACGGACUACUACAUACAAGAAGUUAAUACUAUGAUGAGGAAUGUAAUAUCCGGUAGAUAUUAUUCGGAAUUUAAAAAUUAUUAUUACAGGUCCGUCAACAUACUUAAAAUAGAUGCCAUAAACAAGGUCUGGGCUUGGAAUCUUCGGGUUCCAGAAACAGAAUUCCAGAACUCUGGCGCUAUAAUCAGCUACAUACUUGCAAUGAACCAAGCAUACCAAAUGGUUGGUAUAUAUCAAGUUAUGAAAGGAGAAUAUGCUCAAUGUUCAACGAAAUAUGAAUCUACCGGCUCUUCAACAAAUAGCAUGGUUUCUGAUCUCGAUUUAAACCAAGUUUAUUCCCCCUGUAAGCGUUGUAAAGACGACACUGGAUGUAGUUGCGAAGAAAACUGGCAUGAUCCAAAACGCCAGAAAACCACAUAG